CACUUGUCCGUUAAGCCUUCAAGAAACUUACAGAAAAUGCCAAAAUGGUACAACUCGAAGUAGAUACUUUGAAGUCAGAUGCACAAAAUGACAGUGAUGUGGAAUCAAAAUUAUUACCAGAAACAAAGUUAGAAGCGUCGUCACUCGAAGAGCAGACGUCGAAAAAUUCAAAAAAGGGAGAGGAGAGCGACACCAAAAGGCAGAUCGAUGCGGUUCUGCGGGAUAUGCCGUUAACCGAAGAUGUGAGCUGUGGUUUUUGGAUAUUUAAAGGCCUGGGCCUUCAAAGAUUCGCCAAUCAAACCACCUACGUACUGCUCUAUGGCCUAGUAGGAUGUGUGUUCUCCAUGACGUUUGCCUACUUCAAUGGCACACUGACGACCAUCGAGAAACGCUUUAAGAUACCUUCAAAGAAUACUGGGGUAAUAGUGAUUGGCAAUAAUAUUAGUCAAAUGCUGGCCUCGGCUGUACUCAGCUACUAUGCGGGCAAAGGACAUCGACCGCGUUGGAUUGGAUUUGGCAUCAUGACAAUUGUCGCCUUCUGCAUACUAACCGCAACGCCACACUUUCUUUAUGGGCCCGGCGAAGAUGCACUCGCCCUAACUACCGAUUUUGGUGGCAUCGCCGAUGAGAAUGCAACAUUGGAGACUUUGAAUCGUCACCGCACAAUGACAUUGUGCCGUGACCGCAGCAAUGAGACCGCUUGCGUGGUAGAGGAGAGUAAUUUGGCACCACAGGUGGUGCUCUUCCUCGCAGAAAUCGUGUCUGGCAUAGGUGGUGCGCUUUACUACACACUCGGCAUAGCCUACAUGGAUGAUAAUACGAAGAAGUCCAAAACCCCAGCAUUAUUGAGUUUCUCCUAUUUUAUCCACAUGCUGGGCCCCGCAAUAGGCUACGCCUUGGCCUCAUUUUGUUUGCGUAUCUACAUCGCACCAGAAUUGCAUCCAGUCAUCAACAACAACGAUCCACGUUGGUUGGGCGCCUGGUGGCUGGGGUGGCUGUUGCUGGGUUCUGUGCUCUUCAUUUGUGGCACACUUUUUGCUAUGCUACCGAAAGAGUUGCCACGUGCGAAGGCGCGCAGACUUGUAGAAGAACGUAAACGUAGGGCGGGUAAUGCGUUGCAAGCUGAUGCGUCUGUUGAGACGGAGGUGCAGGAAACCUCUUUGCGGGACAUGUUUGUUACUUUCAAGCGCAUCGUGAAGAAUAAGACGUUGAUGUGCAAUAAUAUUUCUUCGAUAUUCUAUUACUUCGGCUAUAUGCCCUACUGGAUUUUUACACCCAAAUACAUAGAGAUACAAUAUCGACAAUCGGCAGCUACUUCCAGCAUGGUGACGGGAACAGUAGCUUUGGCCUUCUCCGCGCUUGGCGUAUUAAUUUCCGGCUUAGUUAUAUCCAAAUUUAAGCCCAGAGCUCGCUAUAUGGCGGCUUGGAAUGUGCUGGUUGGUCUUCUUACUGUGGUUGGCUGUGUUGCAUAUGCAUUUAUCGGCUGCCCAGCUAAUGAGCAAUCGAUGAUUGUCAAUAUACCAGAGAGUGGGCCAGACCUCAUUGCUACUUGCAAUUCCGCCUGUUAUUGUGAUUAUGUGCAAUUUUCACCGGUUUGUGGUGAAAACAAUAUGACUUAUAUAUCACCGUGUCACGCCGGGUGCAAGGAGGAAGUACUCGAGGCGGGUGGUAAGAAGCUUUACAACGAUUGCAGUUGCAUUCCUAAGCACCAGAAGCUGAGACGCGAAGAGCGGGAAUUGUCAGAAUUCCUAAAUAUAACAGAAACUACUUCACACAGCUUGAAUGGGACAACGCUUGAAGCAACAACAACAAGCCCCUCCUUCGGGGCCAGUACAUUUGCAAGCAUUUCGACGCCCAUCGCAGCACCCAGCAACUUAGCACAACUAUUUACAACACCAGCAACCAAACAAUCAAUUUCAUCAAUAGGGGGCCAAGCCACACCUGGCGCCUGUCCAGUUGACUGCUUCACCCAAUUUGUUAUUUUUUUGUCAGUUAUGUGUGGUUUGAAAUUCAUCGGCGCCACUGGACGUACCUCGAAUUUCUUGGUUACGGUGCGUUGUGUGCCGGAGAAGGAUAAAACUGUGGCUAUGGGUUUUGGAAUGAUGAUGGCCUGUAUGCUAACCUUCAUACCAAGUCCGAUUUUCUUCGGUUGGCUAUUGGAUCGCAUGUGCCUGGUGUGGGGCAAGACAUGCACCAAUAAGGGCAACUGUUGGCUCUACGACCCAUACGCAUUGAGGUACAUACUAAAUUUCACAGCUGCGGCUUUCAUAUUCGUUGGCACUGUUUUUGAUUGCGGUGUUUGGUACCUGGUAAAGAAUCUGAAAAUUUUCGAUGAUGAAAUACAGGAAAAUGAUAAAGAAACUAAGCAAGAAGAAGAGUUGAAAAUUUUCGAGCGAAAAGCUUGAAUGAAAAAAUA